AUGCAACACGUUUUCGGGCAUCGUGUCUCCACGGCUGCUUUGUACAGCAGAUGCCGUAUAUACGGGAGUCUGGCGAGAGAUCCUGUCUGUGCUCGCUACGAGUGCCGUGGAUUGGCGACAGCGCCGGCAGCAGCAGUCAAAGAAACCCCGAAUCUUGUUCAGACGGUGGCUCAUCUCAUCGCUAAAGAUAUGAGUGACGCCGAGCAGUUGCGGCACGUCCGCGCAGUGAGGGACCGGCUCGAGCACGACGGGAUCCUCAAGAUCAGCCUACGCUUCGCCGACGACACCAGCCAGUAUCUCAAAAACCUGGUGCUCAGUCUCCACAGACACCACGGCCACGGCCUCCCCAUCACCCACAGCGCCUCGCAAGGCUGGUUCUGGGACGUGAAGCCGAGCCGCUCUGGCACAACCUUCCAGACCCAGAACCACCAGGCGCGCUCGGAAACCAUGGCCAGCUUCCCCUGGCACACGGACUGCAGCUACGAGCCCUGCCCGCCGCGCUUCUUCGCCCUGCACGUCCUCCAUCCAGACGGCUACGGCGGGGGCACCCUCUCCGUCAUGAACGUCAAGCGACUCGGCCAGCUUCUCUCCGUCAAUGCCAGGGACGCCCUGUCUCGACCGGAUUACCGCAUUCGCAUUCCAACCGAGUUCAUCAAGCAGCCCGAGCAGCGCCACAUCGUGGGCAGCAUCCUCGCCGGGCUGCAUCCCUCGCAGUCGCAGUCGCCCAUUGUUCGCUUCCGGGGGGAGCUCGUCACCCCGCUGAACGAGGCGGCCGCAACGGCGCUCGCCGAGCUGAAGCGCCUGCUCCGCGAGCUGGAGACGCAGCCGGCCUCGACCCUGCAUCUGGCGGCGACCGAGAUGCCGCGCAACUCGAUCAUCCUCCUGGAUAACCGGCGGUGGCUGCAUGCGCGCGAUGCGGUCAAGGAUCCGGCGCGCCAUCUCCGUCGGGUGAGGUGGGAUGCGGUGCCAUUCCAGGCGUGUUAG